AUGUGUCGUCGUAUAUCAGAUCUAAUGCCUGUCAUUAUUCGAGCCUCACAGACAACAGUAUCCACAUGUCAGAAAGUAUUUGCCGAUCAUCGUUGGAACUGUUCAUCGAUACUUCGAGCACCGCUAUACAAAUCUGAUCUCACGAAAGUUAAGUUAAUUCUAAGAAAUCCAUUUUCUUUUUGCUUUAAUUAUCGGCUGAUUUUAUGCAAGUACUAUUCUAUGAUAAGUACUAAGGAGCAAGCAUUCGUACAUGCACUUUCAUCCGCGGCACUUACACAUCAUGUAGCUAAAGCCUGUGUUUCUGGUGAUUUACCUUACUGUCCCUGUGGUCUGAAUUCACCAACUGUAUCUGCUGAUACUUCCUAUAAAUGGAAAGGAUGUAGCGAUAAUGUAUUAUACGGACAAAAAGUAAGCCGAGAAUGGGCAGAUGCUUCAUGGCGUAAGAAAUGGCGUCCGAGUAAUAUAACUGUUCCAAGCAGACGACGCUAUCGGGAAUUAAUCAAUGAUUGGGCCUAUAUCAAUACGGAGUUCUCGGAGCGCAAAUCAUCAAUUGAUCUUUCACCACGAGCACGAAUGAAUGAACAUAAUAAUGAAGUUGGUCGCCAGGUGACACAAGAAAGUCUAUAUCGGAAAUGCAAAUGCCACGGUGUAUCAAGCAGUUGUAAUGUGAGGACGUGCUGGAAUACCUUACCGGAUGUUUAUGAUAUAGCUUUGAAGUUACGGGAACGCUAUGCGGAAGCAGCACUAUUAUUGGAAUCUGAAUAUGCUGAUAAGGCUAUGCAUGGUGAAUUGUCAAGACAACAUUUGGUUUAUCUGCGAGAUUCACCGGAUUAUUGUGUAGAAGAUAAUAAUACAGGCUCAUAUGGUACAACAAUGAGAGAAUGCAACCUAACAUCGUCAGGUCCAAGCAGUUGCAGCAGUUUAUGUUGUGGACGUGGAUAUUACACUAAUAAAACGCCUGUUGAAGAACAGUGCCAAUGCAAGUACGUGCACUGCUGUUAUGUGAAAUGUAAAACAUGCAAAUAUCUAUUUGAUAAGCACCACUGUAAAUAA